AUGUCAGCAGGGGUCCAGUAUGUGACAGUAUCCUACAUAUUUCCAAAUGGAGAUAAGUAUGAGGGGCAGUGCUAUAAGUCUGCUUCUGGAGCCAUGGUGAGGGGUGGGACGGGGAAGCACUUGUUUGCCAGUGGAGUCAUAUACAGCGGAGAGUGGAAUGAGGACAAAAUGAACGGUAAAGGGACUCUGCAGCUUCCCUCUGGAGCGCACUAUGAAGGAGAGUUCAAAGACGGCAUGUUUCACGGCACAGGAAAAUACACGUUUACAGAUGGCUCUCACUACACUGGGCACUUCAACCAGAACAGGCUGGAGGGCCAAGGAUCCUUCACAGAUUCAUCAGGACUGGUGUGGAAUGGAGAGUUUCAAGGCAAAGCAGCUCUGGGCCUGAGACUGAAACAUAGUUAUACCUUGUGAAGCUCAGAUAUGAUUUUGAGAUUAGAAAACUGUAUUUUUCCAUCCUUCUUAAUGGAGAAGUGAAAGAACUAAUGCAGGGGUCUCUAAGCUUUUUCCUCCAGUGCCACUUUUGGCACUUUUACAAAACGAAAAUGCCAGAGAGCACUCACAAGAAACUGAGAUGAUUAUAAGAAAGAGAGUGAGGCUUGAGGUAGUUAGUUGUCUAUAAAAUAUAAACCAUUGUCCAUUCAUUAGUGCACAAAGUUAGGCAUCAAUGUACAAUGGUAAUAGGCAUUUAAUUAAUUCAAUUUUUACUUAUU